AUGUCCUACACGAUCCGUGUCCGCGUCACCAACGGCACCCCCGACACCCUCACGGUCGUCGAAAAGACCUGCUGGUACUAUGCCAACGGCGGCACCUGGACCGAGCAGGACGGCCAGCAUGUGUUGCACAUGGGAGGCAGCGGCACCUCCGGAAUGCUUCGCUUCAAAUCCUCCUCCGGCGAGAACUUCACCGUUGUUCUGGGCAUCCACAAUUACAAACCUUGGUGUGAUGCGCAGGUGAAGUUGCAGGAUGGCGACACGGCUGUGAAGAUACACCCGGAAUACUACAGCGGAGGGAAACUUUCGGGCGAGGAUUAUGGCACGGGAUUUAUCAAGGGCACUGAUCAUCUCAAAUGGGUCGGGGUUUCUUUUGAUCAGCAAGAGGGACAUGAUCUGUCGGCUGAGGUGACCUUUUAUCCAGCUAAGGAUGAGCGGAUUUACUAG